AUGCGGCCGUCAAGGCAGCAGCAUCCCUCUUGGGGCCACCCCCCAAAGACGCAGAAGAAGCCUGCAGUCCCUGCUCUACCGGAGGAGGUCGCUCGAGACGAGCCACAAGACCCUUUCCAACAAGCGGCGGACCCCAUGUUGGCAGCGCUGUCCCUGCAGAGCACUGCAUUGACCAGCCUGGUGGCGCACCUUGCGGGCCACUCGACAGACCCGCUGAUAGACCUGCAAGGAGGAAGCAUCAGCUCCAGUUCGUCCUCAACCCGGGGGGUCGCCAGGCGGGAGAAGAUGCAAAGCGACCUGGCACUCAGACAGAGCAAUUACUGGCUCGCCUUCCUUCAGCAGCUGUCAAGGAGGAUGAACCCCUCUCGCCCGGUGCCAACCUCCACAGAUAUGGCAAAGGAUUCCGAUCUUUCGUUCCUGGCCUAUCUGGAGAGGCACGGUGCCUACAAGCAGUCGAAGGAGAUCGGUACCAUUCUCUGGGUGCUUGGGUAUAUCGUCGAUGCUGCAAUUGCGCAAGACUUCGAUGGUGUCAGAGAACACCUUGCCCUCUUCGCCACGGCUCUGGAUCAGGCGGCCUUGGACCAAGGAUGGUCAACAGCAUUCCUGGUAACUUUGGCCGAGGAGCCACCAGCGACUUUGUUUGCAGAGAAGGGAACCAGCCUCUCGGUGUCCAAGCCUUUCAGCCCAUUGAUGCCAGUUGCAUGGGGGGCCGUAUUGCUGGCCUACCUGAAGGACCUGGAUAUCAUGAACUCCAAGAAGCAGGAGAGUCCAUCCAAGAAGGCGAAGUCCAGAUACCACAGAGGUCUUCACGGAGACCGCUUAGGCCUGAAAGGACUUUGUAUUGACGACUAUUUUGCAAUGAGCCUUGAGACCCUGGGCACGCCGUUGCAGGCCUCGGGUGCAAAGCUGAAGAUCGAUCGGGCCCUUGAGGCCUAUCAGCAGGCUGGGAUUCUGGGAAGUCCUGAGAAGGACGUGCUGGCCGAUAAGGCAAAGAUUGUUGGGGCCGUAUGCAACUCAAGUGCGGAGGCCCGCGCCCAGGGUGUUGUUACCUUAGGCGCCCCUAUUGAGAAGCGUAUUGCACUUUCAGUCAUCAGUCUGCAGCUGUGCACCUUGACGCACACCACAGACGUCUUACAUGUUGAGUCGGACAUCAAACGCAUCGGAGGUUCCGAGUCAUUUGAAGACGAGCUUGAAACGGCAGCGCAGCCGGUUAAUGUCCGUAGGCCGUUGGCCUAUCGUUUCGCGUUCAUCGAGCUUUUUGCGGGGUCCUCAAAGGUCACGGAACAGAUGUCUCAACUCGGGUGGUCAGUAGGCCCGCCCAUCGACCUGAGCUUCAGUCCGGAAUAUGACCUCUCGGCGGUUCAUGGUCAGUACACAAAGUCCAGCGCCAUGUAUACAGACGACCUCGCACAAAACCUUGCUCUGGUGCUCCAUGAUGCCAUUUUGGCAAAGAGGGCCCUCGACGAGGACUGGGACGGAGCCCCUUCCGCGGGACUUGAAAGCCUUCUGGUGAAUCAGCUUGCUCUGGAAGCGCCUUGGCAGACUGAGAAGAAAUGGACCUUCAAAGGAGCCUCGCACAUUAAUAUUCAGGAGUCUGUCUCGGUCCUCAGAGCGAUUGAGCAUGCAUCAAGGAAAGGCUCCCCCCAGAGGACCUCCAUUCUCGUCGAUUCGAACGUCGUUAGAUGUGCGGUUUCAAAAGGACGGACAUCGUCCAGAGGCCUCAUGCCGAUUUUAGCUAAGAUCAAUGCAGUUUCCUUAGCCGCAGGCCAGUACCUGUGUCUGCCCUUUUGUCCUACUCGUCUGAACCCUUCAGACGAUCCCACUCGUGGUGUUGAGCUUAGAUCCCCAGUGCGCGAAGGUGCCACUCUCAGACUGAGCCUCUCGGAGUGGGAGGACGUGGCAAGCCAUAAGGGUCUUAAGAGCACAGCCGCCAACUGGUUGCGUUUUGUAGUUUUGGUGGGCGGGACCCAUCUGUUGAGCCUCAGAGAUCAGAGUUCGUUUAGGCAGCCGCCUGUUUGGGAAUAUAGAUCCUUCCUCAACCGCGCUUUCCCUCGAGAGUUUGAUAGCACACUCGGCUUCCCAGUGACGAUAGAACCCCGGAACCCGGGAGACCAGAGAAGAGCUGACUACCGAAAGAGGAUUGGGCCACUCCCCACUGGCAGACCUGUGCUAAAGGUCACUGAGAAGCGAAGAGAGGUGCUGCUGUCAGCCUUCACGAGGUGGCUGGAAGGACGUGGUGUUGUGGUCGAUGACCUCUUUGUCAACACCUACCAGACUAUAGAGGAAAUCAACACACUGCUGACAGCCUAUGGGCGUGAGCUCCACCUAGCGGGCCGACCGCUGAAUGAUUUCUCUGAGACGAUAAACUCAAUUUCCAGUUGGAAGCCACAGUUGCGCCGGACCCUUCAGGGCGCCUGGGACCUGGCGUAUAGCUGGGGCAAAACAGAACCGGCGGUUCACCACACCGCCAUGCCGGCGCAA